AUGGGGCACCAGCUUUAUAAGCCAGAAGUGAUCACUCAUUUGGAACAAGAGGUGCGGCGGACACCGGGAAGCCGCAGCCAGCUGGAUGCUUUUCCAGACGGGGUGGACAGACCAGAAGUGAAAAAGACAACUCUCAAGCAGAACACGUCGGAUGAAAACCAGCUCCGUGAGGUCAUAAUGGACAGACUAACAGGGGGCACCUUCUGGUACUCCAUCUUAGGAGGACUCUGGGAUUUUGAUUAUCAGUUAGAAUCGAACCACGAAAAGCAGCAGCAGCACUUGGAACAAAUAGCCAUUACGGGAGAAAAACCCUAUAAGUGUGACGAAUGCGGGAGAAGAUUCAGCCAGAGGAUACACCUCAUUCAACAUCAGAGGAUCCAUACAGGGGAAAAACCUUUCAUUUGUAGCGAAUGUGGGAAAACCUUCCGUCCACAUUCAUCCUUUACCCAGCACCUGAGAAUCCACACGGGGGAGAAGCCCUACAAAUGUAGUCAGUGUGGCAAAGCUUUUAGCCGCAUCACAUCGCUCACUGAGCAUCACAGACUUCACGGCGGAGAGAGACCUUAUGAAUGCCGCGUCUGUGCAAAAGCCUUCAGCCAGCGAACGCAUCUUAAUCGGCACGAAAGGACACACACGGGAGAGAAGCCCUAUAAGUGUAAUGAAUGUGGGAAAGCCUUCAGCCAGAGUGCUCACCUUAACCAGCACAGGAGAAUCCACAGUCGUGAGAAGUUAUGUGACUAUAAAUGUGAAAAAGCCUCCAACUGA